UUCAUAUCUAGAAUGGAGGGGGGGCAGAAGAAGAGUUCCUUUAAUGGAGCAGGUGAGGGAAGGAGGAAUUUUGUGGAGAACCAGCAGAAUCAGCAGAAUUAUCCAGAAAAGCCCCACCGGGGGAUCCUGAGGGAUCUGCCCGGCUUUGGGGCUUGUUUGGCGGCGUGCGCCCUGUGCCUGGGCGCGUGCCUUUUCGUCCUCGUGCGCUCCUCAGAGCUAAAGUCCAGGAUAGUUUCUCUGGAACAGCAGCAGGACGCGUGCAUGUCUGCGGCACAGGUGGAGCCCUUUAUUCUGGCGAGACUGGACACGAUUCUGGAAGAGUUCAUAUCUAGAAUGGAGGGGGGGCAGAAGAAGAGUUCUUUUAAUGGAGCAGGUGAGGGAAGGAGGAAUCUUUUGGAGAUCCAGCAGAAUCAGCAGAAUUAUCCAGAGAAACCCCACCGGGGGAUCCUGAGGGAUCUGCCCGGCUUUGGGGCUUGUUUGGCGGCGUGCGCCCUGUGCCUGGGCGCGUGCCUUUUCGUCCUGGUGCGCUCCUCAGAGCUAAAGUCCCGGAUAGUUUCUCUGGAGCAGCAGCAGGACGCGUGCAUGUCUGCGGCACAGGUGGAGCCCUUUAUUCUGGCAAGACUGGACACGAUUCUGGAAGAGAAGUUAGCCGCUCACCUGCCGAAGCAUCGGGAGGCGAGGGAAGCUCCCCAUGGCUGCCUGUGUCCCCCAGAAGCCAAAACUCCAUCCAUCCAUCCAUCCAUCCAUCCAUGGAUGUCCUGCAUUGCUAAUGGAAUUCGGGGUCAAAGGGCAUAA